AACAAAUUAGACACAAGUUCAUCAACUUAGGACCGUCAUCUCCGUGAUCUAUCAAUAUUCAUUAAAUACAAUUAUCAACAAUUAGAUAAUAUCACAUACUCAUUGGAACUCUGAAUAAAAGUGCACAUAAAAAACGGAUAGGUCAACACAUAUACUUGUUUCGUUCGAUAAUUAAUAAGGCCUUGUGAAGAACGAACAUUUUGUAUUUACAAGGAUUGAAAAAUUACUAGGAUUGGUGAAUAAAAAUGUACGCAUUGCGAGGAAUGAAGCGAUUUUUCAUCAGUCUCCUUGUUUUGAUGAUAGCUAGCUGUGCCAUUGGAUUGGAUUGUCCACUGUUAAUAUGUUAUUGCAAACCUAGAAAUACAGCACGUUGUAUGAACCAUGGAACAAAUCUGACUUACAUUCCACGUCUUCCAAAGGAUAUUAAAAUCCUAACAUUCGUCAACAAUUACCUCCCGAACAUUACGAGACAGACAUUUGAAAACUUAUCAGCCGAAUAUAUCACUCAACUAAACCUAUCACGAAAUCAUAUCCGAUCAAUUUCUAGCGAUGCUUUUGUUGAUUUCAAAUCAUUCUAUGUUUUAGAUCUAAGUUCAAAUAUGGGAAUUAUUCUAGAUACUUUAGAUAAGGCAUUUGUAAAUGUAAACUUUAUACAACAAGGAUCGCUUUAUUUAAGCAAUGUAACCACCAGGAGAGGCUUUCAGACAGAUAUUUUCAAAACCUUAGAGCAUGGGAAAAUAAACAAAAUUGUUCUACAAAAUAAUAAUCUUUUACGAAUUGACGGAUCUUCUUAUCGGAAUUUAAAGUAUCUGAAUACAUUAGAUGUCUCGAACAAUAAUAUAGUAUACGGUAACUUAUCUGGAUUAGUUAAGCUUACUCGACUUACAAUAAGUAACAACAAUUUACACAAUGUUCCAAGCUUUUGUGCAUCGAAUGGGUCGUCUCUCGUCCCAAAUUUAAGAAAACUAAACAUGAACAAUAAUAGAAUAAAAGUUCUGAAAUCCAAUGACUUUCAUUGUGUAAAGCGACUAGACACGUUAAAUAUGUUAAAUAAUCCAUUUCGAGAAAUCCAGGACAACGUCUUUUCUUCCUUAAGAAAAUUGCAUAGAUUACGUCUCCUGCCUAUUGUAAAUAGUCUAAAACGUAUACAAAGUUAUGCUUUUAACAUGUCAAAUGUUAACUCAAUAAACUUAGCUGAUGCACAUUUUAAAUUUACGACCAAUAGUUUUAAUGCAGAUACCAUAUUUCGUUUUUGUCCUCGUUUGUAUGCAUUGAUUUUGUCGUACAAUACUAUACCUUCGAAUUCCGAAACAGCAAUAAACAUGUUUGGAUCUCUUCGUCAGCUGAGACAACUAACACUGCAAUCUGUUGGAUGGGUAGUUAUACCGCAUAACUUGUUCCAUCGGCUAACAAGCUUGAAAAAACUCGAGCUAGAGAGCAAUAAUUUAUUUUCAUUAUCCUUUAACAAUCCGUUUCUUAGGGUAAACAGCUUAGUACACCUUGGAGUUGGAGGCAACAAAUUAAAUACUUUCAAUAAGUCGUCAUUGCCAGAAAAUAUUUUAAAAAACUUGAAGACCUUAAAUUUAGCACGAAAUCCAUUCACCUGCAAUUGUGAUUUAGUGUGGUUUGUCCAUUGGUUAAACGUUACAAACAUAGACAUUCGAGAGUAUCCAUCAAAAUAUUUUUGUGUCACACCUGGUGUGUGGAAAGGGAAACAACUCAAUAUAUUUAGCCAAGACUGUUCAAAUAAAAGAGUAAAUAUAUCACUGAUUGUACUUUUGUGCGUUACUGUUGUUGUGAUAAUUAUAACUGCCACGAUAGUUAUAUUUAAAAUACGUUGGCAUAUUCGGUAUUGGAUAUAUCUUGUGCGCGCGAGGCGUAGAGAUUAUUGCAGAAUAGAUCUCGAUGAAUAUGCGUAUGAUGGAUUUGUAGUUUACUGUGAUACUGAUAGAGAAUGGGUACAUCAAAAGUUAGUCCCCUUUCUCGAAGUUGAACAUGGAUACAAAUUAUGUAUUCAUUACAGAGAUUUUCAUGUCGGCAAAUUGAUAGUGGAUAAUAUUUUAGAAAAUAUGGAGGAAAGUAGGAAAAUAAUUCUGGUAAUGUCAAAUGGUUUCUGUAAAAGCAAGUGGUGUCAGUUUGAAGUUCUAUUGGCGAAUGACAGAUGUUUAAACAAUGGUAGUGAAACUUUAGCAACAAUUUUAUUAGAAGAUGUAGAUAGUCGGUACUUUACCAAUGUACUUAAACUCAUUCUGACAUCAACAACUUAUGCUGUGUGGACUGAGGAUGAAAUCGGACAACGGUUGUUCUGGAACCAGAUUCUUGGUUCUUUUAAAAGAGAUAUAGUCUACAAUAGAGAUGAGAUACAAUGAUGAUAAACAUGAUGAAAUAAGAUGUCAAUAGAAAACCCAUUAUUGGCAGAAACAGUAUAAUGAUUAGCACAAUAAACCUAUACGACACAGAGUGAAGUCAGCUCCAAUGUAGAGUAUAUGAGUUGAUAAUCCUAAGUGUUUGUUGACGUGAACCAGAAGCAAUUUUACAUCGAUUAUUUAACAAAACAAUUCAGAGUUGUCAAGUUCAACUCAGUGCAAUUGAAAAACACAAAAUCUGAAUAAAACUCUGACAUAUGCCUGUUCCCAUUCACCUUAUAUUGACAGCCACUCUGGCAAUGUUAUUAAUAGGGAUCUAAACAUAUGUCAACAUGAACAUCUCCGAAAGUCGAUAUUUCAUGGCCCUAAGUUUAUUGAACCCCAACACAUCAAAUCGAACAAUAUCUUUUAAAAAGUUAUGGAUUCCAUGAAGACUAGUAUGCCGGAGAACGAACUAAACGAGAAGAAGUAAAACUGGAUAAUCGACCAAAUACCUUUUUCAGAAAAAAAAAAAGAGUCUGUGAAAUGUCUAUAAUCUCUUCACGAUAAACAUAUUGUUGUUUCUGUGGAAAAAAGCUUCCAAACAAUAUUGUCUUUUUAUAUGAUUCGUACUAUUACGGGUGUCUUGUAAAAGAAUUAGAAAAAUUACAUUGCAAAUUGUAGGAAUUACCUUGUUUGUAUAGGCUACCUAGGCUUUACAAAAUUCCGUACAAACAACAGUACAUUGCCGGCUUUUCUAUGCAACGAAGGAAUUGUCCAUUAGAUUGACAAUCAAUGAAAGAGGGUCUUCAGAAAUACUAUGGAACUGUUAACUCGCGUAGUAGCAUUAACCAUAUGUGGAUAAUUUUAUGUCUCGAACUAGUUCUAUCAUAACUUUUGAUUUUUGCCCCUGUACUCCUCUUAUCCCCAUUUAAAAUUGAUAAAUCUUCUACAAGAAAUAAUUUAUUAAGCUUUUCAACAUAAAAAUGGUUGCAUAAGCUAUAGAAGUAUUACUUUGGGAUACCAUACAGUACACGUCUACUUUAGUACAAGUAAUCUUGAUGUAUGUGUUAGUCCCCCUCAACUUUUAUUGCAACACUGCCAUUGAUAAUUUCAAAAAGGCUGUCUACUAUAUAAUAUUUAGAAAAAAAUAAUGUUUUUGUCACACUACGGAUAUUAAGUUGUUUGCCAAGAUCUCUGACUGUAUUAUCCUAUAAAAACGCAGGCUGUAAUCCUCAGAUUUGCUCCUUUUCACUCGAUUAAUGAGUUUUAAGUGUAAGGCAAAGGGUUAAGAUGUAUUAGCUGUUGGUAUAUAUGGAAAAGUUAAGCUUGGUUCUUACAGUGUGAAACUAGGCUACCAUCUGUGGCGGAAUGGGAAAAAAACUCAUCAUUGUAACCAGGAUUUAAUUUUGUAUUUUACGAAGUUGAAGAGCAUUGAGGACCAAAAUUCCUAGAAGUUUUACCAAAUACAGCUAAGGUUAUCUGUUCCUGAGGUAAAAAAGCCUUUGUAUUUCAAAAAUUCAAAAGUUUUUUUAAACAUGCAUGCAAAAAAGUGGAAAAUGCGUUGGUUCUUUUCAACCAACCAUCCGUAAAGUGACAACAUUUGUUUUUUUCUUCAUAUUAUAAAGAAGACAGCCUAUUCAAAAACAUCAAUGGCAGUUUUGCAAUAAUAAUUGAGGGGUAAGAGUCAGUCGAUAAAAUCACUUUCCAACCAUACAAUGGAGUAUGUGCUCCAUUUGACAAUAUUGGAUUUUAAGGUAUCUCAUGCUGAUCAACUUUAACUUAAUUUGGCCUGUAACAUUGUGUAUUCUGGUGUCUUUGGUAGACAACACGCUCGACUGGCAUACACAACUGUUAGCCUGGUAUCAUUGAUGAGUGUCAAAAAUAUUUACUGAUAGCCAUUAUCAUUUUGAAAAUAUUCUAUUUACUAGAUGUCGCUUUAGUUGUCUAUGUUGUGUCAUGUGUAAUAUUGUUAGUCUGUUUGUCUUUUUAACCAUAGCGUUGUCAGUUUAUUUUCGAUUUAUGAGUUUGAUUGUCUCUCUGGUAUCUUUCGUCCCUCUUUGAUUAUAAAAGCAUAGGCAGGAUGAUAACUCACAUAAUAUAUUAAUUACAAAAAGAUUUUUAUACGAAUAAGUCUUAAAUACUGAGUAUUGCAGCCUGCGUUUUUAUGAAAUAAUAUAGCCAGAGAUCUUGGCAAACACUAAGUCCUUCUUGGCAUCAUU